CCUGCCGGCCACAGUACGCCAUCGAGCUCUCUAUGGCGUGAAAGGCUCGCUAUUGUGCUUUCAGAUCCAAUCGUUCUCAGAUACGCCUCGGCUGCUGACUCAGCGACCACAAUCCGCCCGUGGAUGAUGCAAGUUCGCUACCCAGCAGCAACACCGAUAGCUUUACUCGAAUAAGGGUAGUUUGUGAGCACGAAUCGUACGUAUCCUUCUCUAAAUCAAAUACUCGCCGGAGCGCGACUAUCAACGACUUGAGCCGCCCCAUUACCAUACAGUCCGACGAACAUCGGCGUCGCCUUCUGGGCUUGGAGCUCUACAGGUUUGAAGCGAGCAGCCAAUCAGAAGUCUCCAUCAGGUCGCACUCCCACUCUCUGCAGACAACGCGAGGCUGUCCAAGGUCACUGUACAGUACGCCAACUCCAUCAAAAGCCCGAGAUCGAGCCCGCCUUCCUGCAGCCGCCACUACUCCGCACGCGCCUUCGCCUCGCUCGCUUCGUCGGCAUGAGCGACGCGGGUCCCAACGCGUCGCUCUCGGAUGCUCAGGAGGAGCGACUACAGAUCGUUGGCUACUUGUCCAGCGCGCUGUCGCUCUCUGGGACGCUCUACGUGCUUGCACACUUCGGUUACGCACACUGUUGCAAGCCACGACGACUGGAGUCCUUCACUCCGCAGCAGCUACCACUCCAGCUCCAGCGCCGCCAGCGCAACCGCAUGGACUUUAUCGACAAGCUCGUGCUUGUACUGGCGCUCUUUGACCUGGUUACCAUCGCGACGCGCGCUGUCGGCCGCGGUGUUGUGCAUAACUACGCGCUCUGUCGAGCGCAGGCAGCCAUUACACAGGCGGGCAACCUCGCUAGUUGUAUCUGGAUCUGCUGUAUGGCCUUCAACCUCUAUCGCUGGAUCGCGGGCGGUGAGUCCGAUGCAACGCGAGAAAGAAGAUUUCCUUUGUUCUUGGCCUUUGCAGUGGUUCCAGGAGCGAGCUUGGUCGUCUUCCACCUCAUGAGUAUGAUGAUAAAGGGGAGGGAAUUUCUUUAAACGCGAACUGACGGUUGUGUGUGUUGUCCAACGGUAGCAAACAAGUACGGCGACGCGACGUUUUACUGCUGGCUUAACGAGAUCCGCUACAUGUUUCUCAAUUUCUACCUCUUCUAUCUGCUCAUGAUUGUAUUCAACUUUGUGCUGCUCGCACUUAUCCACUUUAACAUGAAGCAGCGAGUGGCAAGGUGCGUGCAAUUCCUAACAGUACAAUAGCUCUUUUGGUUAACACUUCUACAUGACAUUUGGGUUGGCAGACAUGAUACAGUGGAGGCUGACACUUCUUCCAUGCUGAUUCGCCGCAAGUUACUGCUCUACAUUCUCGUUUUCAUUGCCCACCGCACGCCAAUGAUGAUCUACCGCGGUAAGUCGAUCUUUUCCAUCGUUGAUGAAUAAAAAUGAAGAACAGUAACGUUUUAUAUGUCCAAAGUUUUCGAGGCUGGUGACAUGGACAGCUUGAGUGUAGGCCUCGCCAUGCAGGUGAUCCAAGAUCUAAAUGGGUUUUCCAACUCGAUCGUAUAUGGCGGGAUAUGCCGUAGACGAACUAAGGACUUGCCACCACCGCGUGAGUGUGAGGCAGAGAGUGUAUCUUCACCGACUGAAAGCAUUUUGGGCGGCUACGUUGUAAAGAAGCGUCCAGCCGUCGCGGAAGAUGAACAUGACUCCAUAGUCCGCUCAUCUGCGAGGAUUGGAACUGCCUUGACUCAAGCAGGUCGAAAGGUUUCGUGUGAGUCGGACAGUGGAGAAUCGAGUGUAGACAAGGGUAAUCACUCUCGCAAAGCUCAAGAAGACCACAGCUACAGUUACCGUACUUGGCACCAGCGUUUGCAAAAGCGCUUCUCGUUGCAUCAUCCAUCGCCACCUGCUGCAGUCGAGCCCAAGAAAAUUGCCAUCUUCGCGUCCACCUUCAACAUGGGGGAGAAAGAUGUCAAUGAAAGCGAGCUGCGUGAGUGGAUUCCAUUAGGGCAAGACGUGUACGUGAUCGGUGUGCAAGAAUGUAUGGACCUCGCAGACUUGCAGAUCAAAAUUCUACGCCACCUCGUCUCCGGAUCUACCAGUAAAUACGUGCACUACUCGCGCGAGAUUGGCAAGCGAGCUACGGCGUUGGGUUAUCAUGGCUACAUUGCGCUCUGCAUUUUUGUACGCGCUACAGCUGUAGCGUCGGGUCGCUUUCGAAUGCCUCACAGACAAAGCAGCAACAAAAACGCUCAAGAAGUAUUUCGCGGCAAGUCAUUGUUGCUCUUCGGCCGCGCAUCCAACAAAGGAGCUGUUGGCAUAUCGUUCCGCUUCGACAAUACGUCGUUUGCGUUCGUAACAUGCCAUUUGGCGUCCGAUUCAUCAAGUUUAAAGCGAGCCAAACGCAAGAAAAGCACCAACGCCCUUCUACAAACUCAAAAAGCUGGCGACAAUUCUGUGGAGAUGAAUUUCACCGGAAAUGCACGGAAUAGUGGCGGGGACAGCGGACAGAGCAAAACUUUAGGAUAUGAUGGAAUGACUAUAGAGGCACAUCAACCACCAUCGAAAGUGGAGCGACGCAACCAAGAUGCGAUGGAAAUUCUACAGCAGCUGUACUUGGACGAAGAGGACUAUGGCUUUGGUUUCUCGCAUCUGCAUCAUCACAGCUUUAUUCUCGGAGAUUUAAACUAUCGUAUGACUCGCAAAGGAGCGACACCGAUGGAUAUGCUAGAGCUCCUUGUGAAUGCUGGAAAUGAACAGCAUCAGACGUGCGAAGACGUUUACACCAUGGAAUUAUCAUCACCAUGUUCGCCAGCGAUGCUUCAGACUUCAGAUGAAGGUGACUUCCGACAAUGUGUAACUCCCAAAGAGCAGAGCCCAACACCAAUCGUGACAGCACGAAGAAACCACCGGUACGCCAGGGGGCGUGCAGGUACAUCAACAAGCAAUAGCGACAGCAGUUCAGCACCGUUCUCGUUAAGAACACUGGUCGAGGAACACGAUGAGCUGUACCAGUUAUGCCGCUCACAACAGCUUUUCCACGGCUUCCAGGAAAACGAAAUCACGUUCUUUCCAACGUUUCGCCGAAUUCGCGGACAAGCUCUUCGAGAACCACUCGACGCGAUCUCAUUUCAGCAAAACUACUCACUUGUAGCCACUCACGGCGGCUACAGAGUGCCGUCCUACACGGACCGUAUAUUCUACAGCUCGCUAGCAGGAAUGCGGGACGCACUGCGCUGUGUAUCCUAUGAAUCUUGUGAGGCAGUGACCUCGUCGGACCACAAGCCAGUGUCUGCCUGCUUUGAGGUAGAGUUAUUGACGUCACCCCAGAAAGCUUCUCCAGCAUCUCUGUUGGCGGAAGACUCCCAGUGGAACGCAAACUCGACGGAUGCCAACCCCAUGAUCCUCCGUGCUGACCGUACGCUUUCUUCUGCGCGGAUGAAAGACGUCCCAGGUGCAUGUGAGCUCCGCUUACGGAUCGAGUUUCGGUCUAUCCAUUGGAUCGACGCUGUCGACUCUGCAUUGUUCGACCGCGCCGAGCACGUGGAAUUCGGGUUCCUCUUUCCAUUGCCAUGUGAAGAUGUGUUUGCCCACCAACGCAAGCUCCACGAAGUAGCUGAGCACUUGACGUUUGGCGGGACUGAUAGCGGAAACUCCGGUGGUAUGGGUUUCGCAUCGACUAUCACUCCCACCUCCAAUUUCCACACGUUAAAGUGGCAUGAGUUCGUAAAUGGUGGGCUAAGAUAUCACACCAUGGCAGGCGCUCUUGGUCGCAAGCACGUAGCUGUGGUGUUGCGCUCGCUAGGUCGAGGCCGCUCAUUAUCCAAGACCUCGUCCGCUUCACGGUUACUUGGAGGUAGCUGCUCGCUGUCUCCGCACACCAGCAACAACUCGAUCGCCUCCACGUGCUCACCGACCCCACACAACAGCUCUGUAAGCUCGGCGUCAUCGUUUUCUUCGGAAAAGUUCUUUGGACAUGGCACCUUUUGCGCCGAGGGCAUGGGCAAGAAGCGUGAUGUGUGUGUGCCACUAACACUUGGAGGAAGACUACUUGGGCGUCUUCAACUUCGGGUAUCGCUGCAAAUGCGUCAGAAAAAGUGACAUAUGCGUGCGGAAGCGAACGAAAGAAGUGCCACUCGUAAUUGUACCGCACUGCGAUGUUUUAUUUGUAAGUGUAGUUAAGCAUGGAAGUAAUAGUGUCAACCUGAAUGUAGUGGGAUAAGCAACAAGUUGUGGUUUCUCGAAAAUAUAUCCAUUCGCAAUAUUGUUAACUC